UCCUCAACACUUUUCGUCACUCACUCUUACAUAAACACUUCACAAAGAAAACCUCUCUUUUCUUUUGCUUUCUGUGAAGCAAAAUCAGCAAUGGCGAAGGUUGUUUCAUUUUUCCUUUUGGCCCUUAUUGCCAUUUCCAUGGUUGCAACCACUGCUCUAGCUGCUGAUGCCCAGUACCACCUUGAUCGUUCAAGGUAUGGUCCAGGGAGCUUGAAGCCAACACAAUGCCUGCCACAAUGUACAAGAAGAUGUAGCAAGACACAGUACCACAAGCCAUGCAUGUUCUUUUGCCAGAAAUGCUGUAAGACAUGCCUAUGUGUUCCUCCUGGUUUCUAUGGAAACAAAGGUGUUUGCCCAUGCUACAACAACUGGAAGACCAAAGAAGGAGGACCAAAAUGCCCUUAAUUAUUUAACCACAUUGUCACCCCAAAGUUUAAUUGAUAUUGUUGUUUAUUGGUCUUCUUGAUCCUAUUAUUAUUAUUUUGUCUGAAUUAAGAGGUCAUUAGUUGUAUGACCUUUUUUACUUUUGUGUAUGUAUUUGCUCCUUUGGGCAGUAUUGCCCGAUAUGAGAGCUGUUUGACCAAUUUUUCUGUUGGUCUAUUGUUAUGUUACUCUUUUCUAAUAUAACAAAAAAUCUUGUCUUCUCUUUAA